AUGUACUUUUUAGGAUAGUAGCAAAUUCUAAAAAUUAUUUUAUUGUUGUUGGUAAUCAUUAAGUAUAAUUAAUUUAUUUCACUGGCUUAUUUGAGAUUAAAAUGCUUGUAGAUAUUAAAUAGAGAAGAGACUUUGUAAUUACUGCUAUUUGAAAUAAUAAAUAAGACAAUUAAUCAUAUACUUAUAAUUAACCCGUUUCCACCUUACAUCAUAAAUAAAAAAUAGAAUUUAUAAUUAAAGCUAUUUAUUUAAUAGAUGAUACUCUUAAAUAUUACUUAAUGGAUAAUGAUCAUUUUGGAUCAAUUGAAUAAUGCUAAGUACUAUUUAGUAAAACCAAUCAAUAAUAAAUUAACAAUACAAUGUGCUCCUUUAAUUGUUCGAAGAAAGGAUAUUGAAGAUUAAAAUAUCAUUAAAAAUAGAAUAUAAUUGCAUAUUGUUUUUGUAAUUUAAUUAUUUUUAAUUUUUGGAUUAAAAAUAAGUACUCUUAGUUUUUUUGAUAAUGAAAUAGAAUCGGAUAAAAUCAAUUUAUCCUAUAUCCCUAAUCCAUUUAAAAAUGAAAAAAAGCAUAUUGAAAUAUGA